GGCCGCUGGGUCCCCACUCCGGCCCCGCCCCGCCCCGGCCGCCCUCUGGCCGCGUCCCCGCCAGCCCUGCCGACGUGGCGGGGCGGGACCCGCCGGGCGCUCCCGCGCGCACUCGGCCGCCGGAGCGAUACUAAGAUGUCUGAUGAUGCCAGUGACGGCGUAGCCGCUGGAGACCAAGCAGAGGGUACCAAGAUGCCCAGCAGUGAUUCUUUACCCGAGGACGUCCAAGGGCCCUGUGGUUCGGCUACAAGUUUGACUGCGCCAAGGCCAGCUGACCCUGGAGGGGACGUGAGUGAGAAGGCAGCGGUGCAGGAUGCUGAGGCCACAGCCGCUGGGCCCCCGGAGCUGCCCGCAGACGUCAGCGCCGAGGAGCCGCCUCUCAGUGGAGCGGUGCCGGAGGACGCACUUGCUGAGUGCGUUGAUUCCGUCAGCCUGGAGGCCGAGCCCGGAUCCGAGAUCCCCCUGAAGGAACAGACUGACCCGGCCAUGGACUCGGCUCCGCAGGGAGGAGGAUGGGCAGGCUGGGGCUCCUGGGGGAAGUCUCUGCUCUCGUCAGCUUCGGCCACAGUAGGUCAUGGGCUGACGGCCGUCAAGGAGAAAGCGGGGGCCACCCUCCGGAUUCAUCAUCACGUCAAUGCUGGACCUUCUGAAGGGGCCCAGCCCGAUUCCGAAAACGGAGUCCCCGAGAUAGUGCAUGCGGCCGCAGAUCCAGGCCCCGCAGGGAGCCCACCCACGUCUCCUUCAUCAGGGUCUCGGGGCGUGCUGUCAGCCCUCAGCAAUGUGGUGCAAAACACGGGUAAAAGCGUCCUGAGCGGCGGCCUGGAUGCCUUGGAAUUCAUCGGCAAGAAGACCAUGACCGUCCUGGCGGAGAGUGACCCCGGGUUUAAGAGGACCAAGACGCUCAUGGAGAGAACUGUCUCCUUGUCUCAGAUGUUAAGGGAAGCCAAGGAGAAGGAGAAGCAGAGACUGGCGCAGCAGCUCACUGUGGAGAGAACCGCACACUACGGGAUGCUCUUUGAUGAAUAUCAAGGUUUGUCGCACCUGGAAGCCCUGGAAAUUCUGUCCAAUGAGAGCGAAAGCAAGGUUCAGUCAUUUUUAGCAUCGCUGGAUGGACAGAAGCUGGAACUGGUGAAAAAUGACCUCAUUUCCAUUAAAGACAUUUUUGCAGCCAAAGAAUUUGAGAAUGAAGAGAAUCAAGAAGAACAAGGUGCAGAAGAAAAGGGAGAGGAAUUUGCUAGCAUGCUCACAGAGCUGCUCUUUGAAUUGCAUGUCGCGGCCACACCUGACAAACUUAAUAAGGCCAUGAAGAAAGCUCAUGACUGGGUGGAAGAAGGACAAACGCCAGUGUCAGUAGAUGUGGCCAAAGAGUCAGAGGCCGAGACCAAGGAGGAGAAGCCUGGAGACCCUCAAGAAGUCGAACAGGAAGAAAAGAGAUCCAAGACAGUAGAGGAAGUGUACAUGUUGUCCAUUGAAAGCCUGGCAGAAGUUACAGCACGCUGCAUUGAACAGCUUCAUAAAGUAGCAGAAUUAAUUCUUCACGGGCAAGAAGAAGAAAAAUCAGCUCAGGACCAAGCAAAAGUUCUGAUAAAGUUGACUACUGCAAUGUGCAAAGAAGUGGCCUCCUUAUCAAAGAAGUUUACGAAUUCCUUAACCACUGUUGGGAGCAACAAGAAGGCCGAGGCCCUGAAUCCCAUGAUCAAUAGCGUAUUGUUGGAGGGCUGCAACAGCACCACGUAUGUGCAGGAUGCCUUCCAGCUGCUGCUGCCGGUCCUGCAGGUGUCCCAUAUCCACACCAGCUGUGUGCAGGCGCAGCCAUGACCUUGCCAGAGCCCAUCUGGUGAAAGGAAAUGGUAGGCCACGUCGCCUCGCCCUGUGCCAUUUGCAGGGGGAAGAGUUGUCCUGGAACUGGAUGCAGACACUCGUUCGAGAACACUACAGGCAGCUUUGCACAGACAGUUCUGAGAAGGCCAAGAGAAAGAGCAUCAUCUUUUCUCUUAAUGUAUAUGGUUUCUGCAAAGAAUUGUGUUUCCUUUGUGUUAAUUUAAACUUAGACGGCUCACAUUGAAAGUUUCUUUUAAUCCAAUAUCCAUUCACAAAUACUCAUGUCCAUUUUCCUGGUCAAGCAUGCUAUACUUACGAAUUCAUGGGCAAACUCUAGAUUUUAUUUUUCAUCCUUUAAAUUUCUGUGUUUCAAUGUUCCAUUCUUAUAGUAUCACUUUAAAUCAAUUCUGAUACUGAACUUUGUUAUGCAAAUGUCAUGGGCAAAAAUAACACUAUUUGUAGAUUUUACCUGUUACCAUGAAAGAGGAACAUAAGUAUCUAUAGUCAUUUCUCCCUGCAAAAAGCAUUUAUUGAGUACCUACUGUGUGCUCAUAAAAAAGGAGAAUUAUUUCGGGGUGGGCAUUGUGGCACAGCAGGUUAAGCCAUUGCUUUAAACACCUGCAUCCCCUAUUAAAAUGCUGGUUCGAGUCCCAGCUCCUCCACUUCCUAUCCAGCUCACUAUUAAUCUGCCUGGGAAGCAGCAGAAGAUGACUCAAGUACUUGAGUUCCUGCCACCCACAUGGGAGACCCAGAUGGAGUUCUUGGCUCCUGGCUUCAGUCUGGUCCAGCCCAAGAUGUUGCAGCCAUUUGGGGAAUGAACCAAUGGAUGGAGGAUCUAUCUCCCUCUCUCUCUCUCUCUCUCUCUCUUUUUCUCUCAUCCCCUCUGCCUUUCAAAUAAAUGCAACUUUUUAUAAAAAAGAAGCAUAAUUUCACCCCAGUAGAGACAGGUAUUAUGAAGAAGGGUUUACAAAGUCCAUUGGUAGAGUUUUUUUUUUUAAAAGUUCUACCCUUCAAAUUACUAUAUUUUUUCAUAGUUUCAACUUUGUUGUCCCAAAUUUUAAAUAUGGGGUAAAAAUACGCAUGAAAGGGGGUAUGGGAAAGUAUUUAGUGUAAAAUUGACUUCUUGUGAUCAUAAGCCCAUGAUGCACGGUGACAAAGCUUGGAAGGCCUCACACAGAACACUCAAGGUGCUUCCAUGUGGGAGAAGCCAGGAGUGCAUUGAAAAAUCUGCUGCAUGAGUCAUACGCUCUGGUAGCAAACGCCAUCCUCGCCCCUGAUGUGUGGGUUGACCAGCUUGCAUACUGACCCACGGGAGGCUCUGCGGAAAACCCUGCUGCUCACGGUCCCCACAUCCACUGCAGGUGGGGGUUCUGUGUGUCUCCCCUGUUUUACAGCCCUGUGGUGUCCCUACUGGUGUUGUUGCAAGAAGUCUUACUCUUGCUUCUCUCCAGGACAAAGGAGGUUUGUGGUUUUGCAAGGGUACAAAUUUCUUACUCACAUUUGCUUUUAUUCCCCUGCAAAGUCACUGCCUUUGGUGCAUUCGGGCAAAGUAGGGGUAUUUUAGCACCAACUUGCUUCUUGUUACCAUUUCAUGUGUCUCUCUAUCCUGUAUUUCAUUUGUGUAUCUCCUAAAACAGCCAAAUAGAAAGCAUCAGAACAAUGUAUUUAUAAUCUGGAAAAAGAAAAUGCUCUGAAGAUUCAAUUAAAGAUUUAUUUUGUUCUCCUCUUUUAA